UAUCUGAAGGGACAAAGAAGCAAGACGAAGCGGAACGGGCCUUAGUAAACUUUCUAACAAUUUGUGUCGGGUUUUAAGACUUCCUACAAUACGAGGAAACAUUAUGCAGAACAGAUUCUGAAGCUCUAUCGAUGCGAUAAACUCUAAAUUAACUGAGAAAUGGGACUUUAAUCGGCGAAAGAAAGCAGCCCCAAGCCUGCGAGCUCCACUGCUGUAAGCCCUCAUCGUCCGUCGGCAGGAGGUGACACUCUUCGAGAUGGGUGUGAAAACAUUUACGCACAGUUCCCCCACCCACAGCCAGGAGAUGCUGGAGAAGCUGAACGCCCUGCGCAACGAGGGCCACUUCUGCGACGUGACCAUCCGCGUGCAGGACAAGAUCUUCAUGGCGCACAAGGUGGUGCUGGCCUGCUGCAGUGAGUUCCUGCGCGCCAAGCUGGCAGGGCUGCCGGACGGGGCGGACAAGUUUGUGCUGGACCUGCACCACGUGACCGUGAGCGGCUUCACACCCCUGCUGGAGUACGCCUACACCUCCACCCUCUCCAUCAGCACGGAGAACAUCAUCGACGUGCUGGCGGCCGCCAGCUACAUGCAGAUGUUCGCCGUGGCCAGCACCUGCUCCGAGUUCAUGAAGUCCAGCAUCCUGUGGAACGCCGGAGCCUCCGCGGCUGCGGCUCAGGAGAAGCUUCCGGAAACGGCCGGCCCCCCCGACGGCCCCUCGGGUCGCGCCCUGACGCCGCUGGAGGGCAGCCUGUCGCCGGUCUCGUCCGAGUGCAGCGUGGCGGAGCGGCCCGGCCCCCUCCUCCCGCUGGCGAGUGGACGCGAGUCGCGCCGCAAGAGGCGGAGUUUUGUUGUCAUGUCGCCCGAGAGUCCGCUCAGCAAGUGCAGUGGUGGUGGGCGGGCGAGUUCCCCGCCGGCGCCCAACCCCUUGCCCUCUUCCUUCUCCGAGACUUCCGUCCCACCAGUCGACUCUUCCCUGGCCUUCCCGUGGACCUUCCCCUUCGGGAUCGACCGGCGCUUCCAAUCUGAGAAACCUGCCAAACUUCCCGGGAGCCCCCACGGCAGCCUGGAGCAGGCCCGGCCCUCCGACGUGGCCCGAGGGCUGGCCGACUACCUUGCCUGCGAGGGCCCCAAGGCAGUGUCGUCCCCGCUGGAGGCCGAGGAGGACGUGCGGGUGAAGGUUGAGCGUUUGAGCGACGAGGAGGUGCACGAGGAGGCCUCUCAGGCCGUCAGCGCCUCCCAGAGCUCCCUUAGCGACCAGCAGACCGUCCCUGGCAGCGAGCAAGUCCAGGAGGAACUCCUAAUCAGCCCACAGUCCUCCUCCAUAGGUUCCAUUGAUGAAGGAGUUGCAGAAGGGUUGCCAUCAAUUCAGGGUACAUCAAAUUCUGCUGGCCAUGCGGAAGACGAUGAGAGGUUGGAAAAUGUUCAGUACCCUUACCACCUUUAUAUAAGCCCCUCAGCAAGGCCUGGCACCAAUGGACCAGACCGGCCCUUUCAGUGUCCCACAUGUGGAGUCAGGUUCACACGCAUCCAGAACCUGAAGCAGCACAUGCUAAUCCACUCAGGCAUAAAACCCUUCCAGUGUGACCGCUGUGGAAAAAAGUUCACACGGGCGUACUCCUUAAAGAUGCACCGGCUGAAGCACGAAGGUAAACGCUGUUUCCGGUGCCAGAUUUGUAGCGCCACUUUCACUUCCUUCGGUGAAUAUAAGCACCACAUGAGGGUCUCCAGGCAUAUUAUCCGCAAGCCGCGGGUGUACGAGUGCAAAACGUGCGGCGCUAUGUUUACCAACUCCGGCAAUUUAAUCGUACACCUGAGGAGUCUGAACCAUGAGGCGUCAGAGCUAGCAAACUACUUCCAGAGCAGUGACUUCCUCGUGCCCGACUACCUGAGCCAGGUGCAGGAGGAGGCCCUGGGGCAGUACGACCUGGCGGAGCACGGCUUCCACAGCAGCUCCUCUGUCCAGAUGCCCGUCAUCUCCCAGGUCUCCUCCACCCAGAACUGCAGCGCCACCUUCCCCCACAGCCCCCCGGGGCCUCUGACCGACAGGGAGGAGGAGGAGGAGGAGGACGUAGAGGAGGUGCAGCGGGCGGGGACCCAAGAGCCAAAGAUCCAGCCCAGGAGCAGAUCUCUGGGCGCUCCGGAGGACAGACUCCCCCAGGAGGUGAAGGAGGAGCUGGCCUCCACUACAGUGGAGUAAGGACGUCUGCUCCGCCCUCUACCCCCGCCCCUGCAAACCCAAUGCCCUGCCACUGGAAAGUGCCUGAAGUCUCCAAUCUUCACAAGAAAACAAGAGGUCAGCACCCUCUGACCCAAAACAAAUAUCUCCCUUCUGUAACCUUGUGCCUGUUUCGGCUUGGUCCUGUGUGUGGAUUUUAAAAAAACGAAAAAAGUUUUAUUUUGUUUUCUUUCUCUUUGUGUAUGACUGUUUUAAUAAGUGCUGUGGUGUACGUUAUUUUAAAGUGCCGUGGCUGCAAACAUGACUUGAUGUUGCAUAAAAAAAACGAGCAGCUUGUAAUAAGGAUUUGUGUGAAACACUGUUGGAUAUUGUCGACGGUCGUGAAUUGUGUGUAUGUGUGCGCGUGUUUUCCCUAAGAAUAUGAACCACGUAAAAACACUUAAACAAAACAUAAGUAUUUAAAUGGCAUUUUAAUGUGUUUUUACUUGAAAAUUGGCAUCAUGCUCGCAUUACAAGAAGAACUAGAUUACUGCAGUCCCUUUGUCUCAGACCUUGGAUAAACGCAGGCUAUCUCACCUGUGCUCCUAACGUGUAACUGGCUCGUUCUUGUUCAUGACUAUGCCGUUUUAAGGCAUGGAACUGGGAGGGUGGUGCACGCAGUGUUUUUAAAUGGCAUGUUGUGUGAUACUGAGGUGUGUGUGUGUGUGUGUGUGUCUAGUCAUUAGACUCUAGUGUAAUGGCCGGAAUUGGUGUUGCUGUAGCGAUGUGGCACCGUUGUAGCGUAAAUGGGGAAAUGUUUUGCAGAGAGGCUGCAUUGAGAAAUGAAGACUGUUCAGCACAGCACCCUACUGGGUGAUUCUGCCUCCUACAAAACUCUGUGUUAUAACAAGAGUCUCGUCAAAGGAGACAGGAUAGGCUAAUUGCAUUGCCAAUGGGAACAAAAUAACAUUUGCAGAUUUUGCAUCAUAUCGUUUUGAAGUUGUAACUCUUAGGGACUUUAGUGCUUGGCCCACUGUGAACUUAGUUUAUGAAUAUGUGUGGCGUUCAGUCACUCCUCCAUACAGAAAUGGCAUAUACUGCAAUAUAUUGAAAUAAAAUGUAUUUAUCUAGGUAUUAUCUGCAACACCCCACAAUGUUUGGACAAAUGUGCAAAUUUCUGUCACUUUGGGUAGAUGUGUAAAUAUAAACUUUCACAAAAACCCACACAUUCAGAAUAUUACAGUAUAUAACAUUUGUGUAAGGUUAUCUCCUUUAUUUUUUUACAGAAAUGUUCAAAUCACUAACAUUCUGCCAACCAUACAAACUGUUGACUUUAAAGAGAGUGUAGCUGUAUAUAUAGUAGAGAAUAAGGCUGAGAACAGUGACAAAGUAUUUAUCAGCAACUAUAUUCAAGGGUUUAUGUUGUCUGAGUGUUUGUAUUUCUGUACAAAUGGAAACAGACAGACGUGUAACCUACUAUCUGAAUAAAUUCUCAUACAUUACAAACUUUGAUUUGAGCAGUAGGUUAAUGUCAAUGUUUUAGAAGUAUGGAUGGUUAAUUUGUGAUUUGUGUCAUACGGUAUGCAGACUUGUUUUAAGACUUGUUUGACGCAUGCCGUAGAAAUCCUAAAUGUACAGUCAUAAUUAAAGUAGUUCCAGGUAUAUUAAAUGUGCUCUAAUAUUUAUCAAAUCACAUUCAUCAAAAUAGAUGGGAAACACUAAAUACCUAACUUAAUCUUUGUUUUCAGUUAUGAAUAGAUUGUAGUAAGCAUUAAUUGUUUAGCCAGUUCAUUAACAACAAAAUGUGUAUGCAUAUGGCCAGUGAUGGCCUCUGGCCUUCGUUUCUAACUUCUAAUAAUAUUUAUUUGUUACAUUGUAUAUUUCCUUGCCCUAUCCUCCAGUGGUAAAGCAAAGUAUACAUGCAUUGUGGAGUGAAUGUAGUUUGACAUUUCAUAUUUUUUCAUGAUUAUACACUGGAGAACAGAGGUUGCGUAAGUAGGGUUACUAAUAUCUGAAUGUGACUGAGAAAAGCAACAUUUUUCCAAGUGAAAUACGUGUUUAUGACUUAUCACUCCUGCUUUUUUGUGAUUUAUAGAAAAGCAGACGUAGUAUAUACAUAUAACACUUUUCCCGAUGCUGUAAGUUUGUGUGUUUUAGGUUGUUUUUUCCCUUCUCUUGAGCAAUCUACUUUUGGUUUAUGAACGCUCUUUGCAGCUAUUAGUUGCACUUUCUAGUUUUGAUCAACUUUCCAUUCUGAUCAAUGUUCUCACCUGAAGAAUGGGGUUUAAUAACUGAAGAACCCUCAAACAAUGCCCAUUUGCUCAUUGCUGUUAGGCUGACGGCUUAGUUCCCUUGCCGUGGAAUGCUGUGCUUGAUAGUGUUCUAGAACCUCUAGACAUUGACUGUGGGGUAAUGUAAUGAAAACUUUUAUAUCAAACAAAAAAAUAUCGCCCCCUUGCUGGAAAAUCCUGUAAUAUUCUUAUUCUUAAGCAAACAAUUUGGGCACCCAACCUUAAUAAAGAAAGACCUGGUUUACAUUUGCACCUUGAAGAUGCGUUAAGGGAGCAAAGCACAAAGAGUACUGUACUUGUAUGUGGUAAGGGAAUUGCAAGGGGCAAUCUGAUGACAUUGUUUUCAAAAUUAAUCUUGCUGAUGUCAGCAACACUUUAGGUGAUUUUAUAUAGAUAUAUAUAUAUCUUAACUAAAUGCUGCUGUACAGUGAUACUGUCAUAUUUAAAAACGUGGCCUAAAUAUUUCAGUAAAUUCAUUUAGACAUUUCUGUGCAAUAAAUUGACAUGGGUCGUAAGGUCUGUUGCCAACCGUUUCUGACUUUUUGUAUGAAAGAGUUUGCUGUGUUAUUGUGGAGAUCAUGUGAUGUGACUGAGGUGGACUGAAGAGUGGUUUUGAGCCUUGUGUGCAGUGAUUGUCAGCCCUGGUCCUGGAGGAGCUGUGUGUGUGUGCUAGUUUUCAUUACAACCACGUUCGUGAUUAUAUGCAUCCUUCAAAUGUCUUUGAGCUCGAUAAUGUGCUUUUAAACAGAAUACAAUCUUAUCCUGAAAGGGCUGUGUGGGUGUAGGGUUUUGUUUUAUCCCAUCAUUAUGACACCUGAUUCAACUAAUCAACUAAUCAUGGUCUUCAAUCAAGAUCUUGAUCAGUAGAAUCAGGUGUGUUAGGCUAAACCAAAAACCUGCACCCACACAGGCCAUUUUAUGAUAAGAUUGGACACCCUUGUAAUACUGGUCUUUGAGUUUUCCAGAAAUGGUGUAGUUUCAGUGUCAAGGUGCCCACACUGUCAGCAAUCACUGAAUUCAGCUGUAUGUCUAUCAAUGACUUGAUACAAAAUGUAGUACAACUCAUUUACUGCUGUACAGUAAAAUGUAUACAUUAUUUGUGUGAGAACUAAUCUGACUGAUGAAAGUUUUGAAAUCAAUAUUGAAUGUUCAUUCUUAAUAACAACAAUAUCCAUUUCUAACAUAAUGUGGCAUUAACGGUGUAAAUCAUGUCUAUUAAAAGACUUGGUGGACACUGCGGUACUUCAGGACCAGGGUUGGGGACUGCUGAUGUAGGCUUUUAAAAGCCAGUGAACUCCCUCAACUUGUGACUCCUGUAUUCAGUUUGUUUUUGUAGAUUUGAGAGCAUGUGCAUCCUGGCGUUCAGCGUCUCAGCAUUUCCGUAACCGAUGCCUUGUUGAGGUGGUUAAGACUAUGCCUUCAUGCCUUGGGCCACAGUUGUUUUGACACUUUGUUUUUUUCCUAAACCUGCUACAGCAUCUUUUGGCAUGAGGAUUUUGGUUUUCCACACCUUGCUUCUGUUGUGGAAUGAUUUGAUAAAUGUUUCUUCUGGUAUAGUUUUGCGUUUUAUAUAUCAUAUACAGUUCAUAGUGUUUAAUGGGGGGUGUAGCUAUUUGUCACUAUAUAUAUUUUUGUGAGCUUUUUUUGUAUUACUGUUUGAUGAAUAUGUCAUUUUUUUUAUUCUUAAUGUGAAUACCAGGAAACGGUCAAUGGAUUUUGAGCCUUAUAGUGUUCACUUUGUGACUAUGUCUGUAUUAUAUAUAUUGUAUAGUUUCAUUAAUCUAAAGCCUAGUUUUAUUAGUAUUGUGUGCCUUUUGAUAUUGAAUCUGUAGUUUAUUUAAAUGGUUUUAAACAUCCAAUGAUGAUUUUGGUAUAAAAGAGUGAAAGGUUACAAUGAACUUUGUAACAUUUGUUUUAUGAAGUACUGCAGCGAGAUUAUGAUCUAUAACUCUUUCAAAACAUUCACAAUUGGCAAAAACAGCUUAGUUUUUCUUUAUAUUAUUGGAUGUUUUAAGCCAAGUUAUUGUGGUUUUGAAAUUGCAGGUAUGUUAACUGGGGAUUUUUGUUUUGUACAAACAACGCAUUUAGAUUGUAAAUAAAAGAUAAUGCAUCAAAUA